AUGGAUCAUUUAGACUAUCACGAUCAUGACUUUGACUUGGAAUGUGAAGAUAAUGAAAAAGUUGUCGAGAUAACAAUUGUUCGAAGGAAUCUCGAAAGCAUGCGAUCGAUGUGAGGAGAAGAAGAAUUCAGCGUGAUUGGAUGGGAACAGAAUUUAUUCGGAACCAACAACAGCAGGAAAGUUUCUUGCGGAGUAAAAGACGGAUUACUGGUGGCUAAACGGAGCUUUAAUGUUGGAGAAGUUAUUUUCAUCGACAAACCUAUUGUAGGUUAUGUUGCCAACUCGAAAGGACAAUGUAAUUAUUGCACUUGGAAAACAAUGUUCACCGUCCCUUGUACAAUAUGUUACGCAGUAUUUUAUUGUGGCGUGGAUUGCCUACGAAAGGAUGCGCAUGAUCACAAGUACGAAUGUCGGGGUUUCAAAAUACUUUUCUUUCCACUUCUGAACGGCGUCCUGGAAUUGCGGAUGCUGGUGAAAGCAUUAGAUAUCCUAAAACACGAUCUUCUGCGACGGCCCGUUGCUACGAUUGGCCCGACAAAUUGUCAGCAAUUAUGGAACGUUUUACUAGCAACACGCUGCAAACACGCGAAAGAUUUUCUAACGGUUUUCUGUCGAACGAAAUGUGGAUUUCUCCCUUCUGACACCUUCCAAUAUAAAAUUUUGCUACAGAAAGUGAGCAUUUUGUUGGAAUACAUCGCUUUCGAAAGGCAGCUCCUGGAGGAUUACAAGCAGUGUUGGAACAAUGUUUCGGAAAUAGAACGUGACAUUUUCCUUGGCAGCGUGCUAUUGCGCAUCUCUAUGCUGGUUAAGACGCAAAGUUGCACUUUUAGCUACGAUUUGGCGUAUGAUAGAAAGGACAUUGACGAACGAAUACGAUCGCGUUGGCCAGACAGUGAAAUAAUUUCCGCGGUUCUAUCUGCAACAGAUGUUUCGAAGCAGGACACCUUGCUCAAUCACGGCGCGGUUGCUUUCCGAGCUACCAAAAAGAUAUCAAAGGGCGAAAAAAUUAGGUUUCGUCUAACUGCCAUUGAAAGAGCAGACCUGGAAGCGAUGAAUGAUGAUGAAAGAAGUCGAUCGGUACGACUUUUAUACAAAUGGCCAAAAGAUGAAGGUUUUAUCUCACUGCUGCUCCAGCUAAUAACCAAAAUUGAAAACGUAUACUAUGAGGCAAGGAUGAUUUCAGAAGUGCUAAUGCAGCACGAUUGGAUGAUAGAACUAAUCGAUUAUGGCAAAGAAUUGAGACGCUUAAAGCUAACGAGCAACAGAAAUCUCGCAAACUACCAAUUUCAAAAGAUUUUCUAA